AGAGUUACAUAGUUGGGUCUAAUCCAGAGUUUACGCUGUUUCAUUUAUGAGUUAAUGAAAGUUCUUUUUAACAUUCACAUUAUUAUCAUUCAUGUGAAUAAUCUUAUCAGUCAAGUGAAUAUUCUUGUUACUCUACUGGAUAAUUAUGUGAAUAUACGAAUGUUUGAAUAAUUAUAAAGUUCAAGUGGCGCUUAUUAUAAUUUAUUUAUCAGUGAAUAGUUUAUAUCUAGUGGCAGUGAAUAUAGUGAAUAACUUAAUAUUCACCAAAUGUGAAUAAUCGUAUACUUACGACAAGGGAAUACUUGCUGUUAACUCUACACACGCCUAUGUGAUCCCCGAGUGAAAUACGUUCUCACUACAAAGCAGUUAUCAUCACAGGUUUACUAGCGAGUAGAUAUUAAAUAUAUAUAUUUACAACCAGUGGAUAUUCUUUUAUUUUAAGUACGUGUCUUUAAUACAGUGAAAAUAUUUAAAAUGAAAAGACAUAAUAUCCAAGCGAUAUUGACUUAUCGCGAAGGUUUACAGUGUUUUAAGAAGAACGACAUGUUUCGAUUCCGAUUAAAGAGACUUUCCAUCGCUGGGAUUAUUAUCUUUAUUGUGGUGCUUAUAUAUAAUUCUAACAAUCGUGUACAGCAACAGACUUAUACACAUAGAGAAGUGCUAGAUAAAAUGAAUGUAUAUGACGAAUUUGGAGAAUUGAGUGAAAAACGGCAAAAAUUAAUAGAAGAACAAUUAAAACAGAACAAUGUUAUUAAACAGAGUAAUGGCGUUGAAGAUGACCAAUUAGAACAGCAUGGUGAAUCAGAUAUAGUGAGGAAGAUGGACGUAUUAAAAAAUAAAAGGAAUAUAGAUUAUAGUAGAUAUACAGAUGUAUUAUCAAUGCAAAGACCAAAAUAUUUACCCAAUUAUAAAAAUCCCUGCUGGGAAUGGACAGAAGGAAAUAGUACAAGAGUGCGCUGUUUGCCCUAUUUCCAUCUCGUGGGGGUUGAUAAAUGUGGAACGACAGAUUUAUGGGGGAGAAUACGACAACAUCCACAAAUUCUUCCUAACGCUGGAAUUGGUGGAAAGGAAACACAUUGGUGGUCGUGGAGAAGAUUUGGUUUUGAUAUUUGGGUUGAAGACAGAACUCCUUGGACUUUUGAGAAUUAUUUAAGUGUAUUUGAUGCAGCUGCAAGUAAAAUCGAAUCUGUUGUAGAGAAAAUGGAGGGAUAUGAAGACGAUUAUCAUCCAUUAAUAACAGGGGAAGGGAGUCCAACUGUGUUCUGGGAUUUUACUGGUUGGGAUCACAUGCCACAGAAUAAAGAUAAAAUAGCAGAUGAUGCUUUAUCAACACCCGAUGCUUUACAUCAUUUAACACCUAGCUCUUACUUUUUAUUAUUACUUAGAAAUCCUACAGAAAGAAUGUAUUCGGAUUACAUGUUUUUAGAUUUAUUUCGUCCAGUACAUAAUAUAUCAGCAGAAAAUUUUCACCAUGGUGUUAUAAAAUCUAUCAAGAUGUUCGAAGAUUGUAAGAAAAUAAAGACAUUAAAAGGCUGUUUAUAUGAUAAACAGUUACAUAUGGAUAUACCGGUGAGAAUUUUUGUAGGAAUGUAUGUUGUUUAUCUUAAAGAAUGGUUUGAAGUAUUUGAAAAAGAUAGAUUUCUCAUUUUUAAAAAUGAAGAAUAUUCUAAAGAUAUUAAAUCACAUGUUCAGAAAGUUUUCCAGUUCUUAGAUUUAAAUACUUUAUCAGAUGAAGAAAUGGAGAAAAUUGUAAACCAAAAACGAGCUUUUGACCAGUCUAAGACAAAGAAAUCUACUGGUCCAAUGUGGCAAGAAACACGACAAAUAUUGGACGACUUAUAUAGAAGCUAUAAUGAAGAAUUAGCAGAACUCCUUGCUGACAAUAAAUAUUUAUGGAAAGACGAUUCUAAAUAGUGACAUAAUUAAACAUACUAAAGAGCGAAAUCUUGGAUUUGUGUAAUAACAAUAUCAAUCUGGUUGUGAAUGGAUAUUAAUAUAUGUGACCAUUUGUGCAAGACUGUUUUUGCUUGUGAGCCAAAAAUAAUAUUUCUUAUUUGAGGAAUUUUAGCCAAUGUGUAUAAAAUAUGCUUGGUACAGCA